AUGAUUAGAUUUUGGGUGCCGAGGUUGACCCUGCCUCGGAAUCAAUAUUGGAUUGCGGCCUCUGUUACCGUGCAGUCUAAUGAGAUUGCUAAUGCCAGUUUACAUGUCGCCCUUCCGUGGUACACGCAUUUGUACACCAUUCCAUUCCUCUCGCUCUAUCCACUUCUCGCGUAUGCGUACUAUAUCAAGUACGAUGACUGGUUGCAAAGCGAAGAGUGGACUUUCCUAGCCUGUGUAUCCCUGGGCGCAGGCCAUGCUUUAAGUUUCCUGGUCACUCGGUGGAGUGCUGGUGCGAAAGCAUGGAUAACAACGCGAAAGGCGCGGUCUAUCGAGGAUGCAGACUGUAUACGUUUACUUCCUCACGUUCACCGUGGUCAAGGCGAGAUUGUUCCGUUGCUCAAGGGUGUUCCAUCAGAGCCAAUGUCCUACACAUUCAACUACCAGCGAGAUACUUACGUUGUAGCCGGCAAGAAUCCCGUUGUGUUUACUCGCCUUCCAUACCCAUCCACCCAGCGUCCAUCGUUGUCUACCUUUUUACACCCCAUUGGCCUUAAUCUGGACGCCAUUCCACCCUUGAAGUCGCUUUAUGGCAAAAAUGAAUUCAACAUUCCGAUUCCCUCUUUCUCGGAGCUUUUCGGUGAACAUGCGACGGCUCCCUUCUUCGUUUUCCAAAUAUUCUGUGUCGCACUAUGGUGUCUGGAUGAGUAUUGGUACUACAGCAUAUUCACGUUAUUCAUGCUUGUCAUGUUCGAGUGCACUGUUGUCUGGCAGCGGUUGAAAACUCUGACAGAAUUCCGUACGAUGGCUGUCGCUCCGUAUCCCAUUCAAUGCUUCCGGCAUUCACAAUGGAUUACCGUCCAAUCUGACGACCUUCUCCCCGGAGACCUUGUUUCUGUUGCACGACAGCAGUUUGAAACAGUAGUUCCUGCUGAUAUUCUGCUUGUCCAAGGCACAUGUAUCGUCAAUGAAGCUAUGUUGUCGGGAGAAUCUACACCACUACUCAAGGAAUCCAUCCAGCUUCUCGAUAGCAAGGACAAACUUGAUGUUGACGGUGCGCACAAGAACGCGGUCCUCUUCAGUGGAACAAAGGUGCUCCAAGCAAGCCCAACGGGUCAAGGUCAAGUCACCGCAGCGACUCCGGACGGUGGAUGUCUAGGAGUUGUUUUGAGAACCGGUUUUGGCACAGCCCAGGGACAACUUGUGAGAACGAUGAUAUUCUCAACUGAACGCGUGUCUGCGAAUAAUCUCGAAUCAUUCCUCUUUAUCGGAUUCUUGCUCAUCUUCGCGAUUGCUGCUAGUUGGUAUGUUUGGGUGAAAGGCAUCGAACGCGAUCUGAAGAAGUCCAAGCUCUUGCUUGACUGCGUACUUAUCAUUACGAGUGUCGUUCCCCCAGAAUUGCCUAUGGAGCUUUCUUUGGCCGUCAAUGCAUCUUUAGUUGCUCUGUCAAAAUUCGCCAUAUUCUGCACCGAGCCAUUCCGUAUCCCGUACGCUGGUCGCGUUGAUAUUUGUUGCUUCGACAAAACGGGAACUAUUACUGCAGAGAACUUAGUCCUGGAGGGUGUUGCUGGUGUAGACGGGUCAGACAAACUCAAGCUUGUGGACGUGAGGGACACUGCCAAGUAUACCACCCUCUGUUUGGCUGCAGCACACGCACUCGUUCGUCUCGAUGAUGGCACGGUUGUUGGAGACCCAAUGGAGAAGACGACAUUAGAAGCUCUUGACUGGCAGCUUGGGAACGGUGACCAAGUAGCACCAUCUUCCAUUAGGUCGCCCAAUGCGUCGAGGAUUUUCAUCCGGCGCCGUUUCCAGUUUUCGUCCGCUCUCAAGCGCAUGUCCACUGUGUCGAGCUUGCCCAGCGGCAAGGGCAUGCUCGCGGAAGUUCCCGAAUGGUACGAUGUGACAUACAAGUGGUAUACUAGGCGUGGCAGUCGUGUUUUGGCUUUAGGAACGAAGGAGAUGGACGCCAUGUCGACCGACAAGAUCAAUAAAUUAUCCCGCGAGAGUGCCGAGAGCAGCCUUACGUUUGCAGGAUUUUUAGUCUUCCAUUGUCCUCUCAAGCCAGAUGCUGUUGAAACACUCAAAAUGCUUGCCGACUCGUCGCACAGGUGCAUUAUGAUCACUGGCGACAACCCAUUAACGGCUGUCCAUGUUGCACGUGACGUCGAAAUCGUCGAUCGUGACGCGCUGAUUUUGGAUUUGCGAGAGAACCCCGCACAUGAAGCAGAUUUGGUCUGGCGCACUGUGGAUGAAACUAAGAUUAUUCCAGUGGAUCCGUCUCAGCCUUUGGACCAACGCCUUUUCGACGAGUAUGAUAUUUGUAUUACCGGUACUGCUAUGAAGCAGUUUGAAUCUCGUCCUUCGUGGAAUGACUUAGUACAAAAUACUUGGGUUUAUGCUCGUGUUUCGCCUACGCAGAAGGAAUUCAUCCUUACCAGUCUCAAGACCCUUGGGUACACCACGCUCAUGGCUGGAGACGGCACUAAUGACGUCGGCGCACUCAAGCAGGCUCAUAUCGGCGUAGCUCUUUUAGACGGUACACCCGAGGAUCUCCAGAAGAUAGCUGAACAUCAGAAGGUCGAGCGGAUCAAGAAGGUCUACGAGAGUCAGCUGAAGAUGUCGGCAAGGUUUGGACAGGUGCCACCGCCCGUGCCUCCUGCUAUUGCGCAUCUCUACCCAGAUGUUGUUGAGGCACAGAAAAAGGCUGCAGAGAAUCUACAAGUCGCGCGUAAAAAGAAUCCCAUGGAGAAGUUCGACCUUGCUUCGAUUACGGAUGCUAUGGCCAACAUGGAAGGCGAUGAAGAUGUUCCUCAGAUCAAACUUGGAGACGCUUCAUGCGCCGCACCAUUCACGUCGAAGUUGUCCCACGUCGCUGCCAUUACCCAUAUUAUCAGGCAAGGUCGCUGCACUUUAGUCGCUACCAUCCAGAUGUACAAGAUUCUGGCGCUGAACUGCCUGAUCACUGCGUACAGCUUGUCGGUUCAGUAUCUUGACGGUAUCAAGUUUGGUGAUUAUCAGGUAACUGUUAGCGGAAUGUUGAUGUCCGUCUGUUUUCUCUGUAUAUCUCGGGCUAAGCCGGUUGAAAAACUUUCGCGGGAGAGGCCGCUUGGCAACAUCUUCAAUCUUUACGUGCUGUUAUCCGUGCUACUCCAGUUUGCCCUUCACAUUAUAUCGCUCGUUUACAUUACGAACUUGUCGCAUUUCUAUGAGCCAGCUGGUGUUAUUGACCUCGAGGCGAAGUUUGAGCCGAGUCUCUUGAACACUGCCAUCUACCUCCUGGGUCUCUCUCAACAGGUCUCGACAUUUACUAUCAACUUCCAGGGUCGUCCUUUCCGUGAGGGAAUCCGCGAGAACUCGAGCUUGUACUGGGGGCUUGUCGGUGCUAGUGCUGUUGCAUUCUCUGGAGCUACGGAUUUCAUGCCCGAGUUGAACCGAUGGCUACAGAUUGUCGAGAUGGAGGGACCGUUCAAGGUGAAAUUAACCAGUGUCAUGAUUGCCGACUUUGUUGGUUGUUGGGUGAUUGAGAAGCUCUGCAAACGCCUUUUUGCAGAUCUUGAGCCAAAACCAUUGGUUACUCGGGGUAGGGAACGGAGGGAGGCGAGACGAAGGGAAGAGGCUAGACUAGCAGAUGAAGCAGCUGCAGAGAAGAAAGCUCAGUAAUUAUCAAGACGCUGCGUACACGUAGCUAGAACCCCCACGCAAAGCUUUUGAGAUGAUCUUAGACUUUUCCAAUGCUAAAGCUGAAGUUAGUGACUUUAA